GCAGAGGGGAUGGAAGACUGAAAUUAUAGUCGCUGUAGUUUAGCAACUAACAGGAUAACUUUGGGCAUUAUUAAAGUAUAAGGAAAUUUCCUGGACAGAAUUUGGAGCUACAUUGUCAUUUGGCACAUGGCAGUUAAUGAAAGCUGCGAUGAACACGGCAGUCUUCAGUAAGUUUGAUCAGCUGCGCUUUGAAGAGAGCGGACAGAAUGUGGAGAGAACCAGCAGAAGCUAUUUAGAGGUGAUUGAUGGACAACAUUCAGAUUUACUGACAAGCCACAAAGUGAUAGGUGGCACUGAAGCUCUCAGACACAGGAGAAAUGGUGGAGGGAAGGUGCGACACAAACGUCAGGCCCUGCAGGAUAUGGCUCGACCACUGAAGCAGUGGCUCUAUAAGCACAGGGACAACCCUUACCCCACCAAGACUGAGAAGAUACUGCUGGCUCUGGGCUCCCACAUGACCCUUGUUCAGGUCUCAAACUGGUUUGCGAAUGCGAGACGUAGGCUCAAGAACACAGUUCGACAGCCUGACUUGAGCUGGGCCCUACGCAUAAAACUGUACAACAAAUAUGUACAAGGCAAUGCUGAGAGACUCAGCAUCAGCAGUGAUGACACGACAUCAGACGAUGGGGAGAAUCCUUUACAGAUUCAGGCCAGUGAAUCAGACUAUAACAGGCCCACGCACAAGAGCGUUAUUCAGGACAGCAGAGGCAAAGGGUUGGGGCGAAGUACAGACCCCUCAGUUUGUGAUGAUUAUGUGUCUCCACCAAAAUACAAGAACAGCUUGCUAAACCGCUAUCUAAAUGAUUCCCUUCGGCAUGUAAUGGCCUCGGAAAAUGUUAUGGACUCUCGGAAGAGGAACCACUCUGGAUCGUUUAGCUCCAAUGAGUUUGAGGAUGAUUUUCUCUCACCAUCAUCAGAAGCUGAGGCAAACUUCACCUACCGUACAGUGACGUUGGACUGUGGCACAAGCCAAAGCGAGAGAGGUGCUUGUAAAGGCGGCGGAGGAGGAAAUAACGAGACUUACUGGAAAGAGCUCCAUGCCGCCAUGGCCCUAACCAACCUGGCCCGAGGGAAGGAGAGCUCAACGCCGGGCACCACCAGCUGUAUCAUCCAGAAGUCUUCCCAUAUAGCAGAGAUUAAGACUGUCAAAGUGCCCAUACAACCCCGACAUUAGUGGCUAACAGACUGGACAGGGGUCUGUUACUAGGUCAUAAUUGCUAAAAGACUACCUGAACACUUUAGUAUGUACUACAUGCAAUAAUUUUGUUGAAAAUGAUCCACAACAGCCUUUUCUGGGGAAAAAAAUACAUGUUGA